AUGAGGAUUCCAUUUGCGUGCUUGCUGCUGCUUUCUGCCACUGUGCUCUCUCAGGAUGUCACUGACCGUUACAGAAAGUUUAUAGCACAACACAUCAACGGGCAGAUGAGUGUUAACAGGUGUGACGAUGAGAUACGAAAUCGACAUAUCACCAAAACCGACAGCAAUGAGUGUAAGGAGACCAAUACCUUCAUCCGAGCUACCACCAACAUAGUCAAAUCCAUCUGUGAGCGUGCAGGAGAGCCAUAUGGUCAGAUGACCAAAAGCCUCCAACCUUUUGACAUUGUUGUCUGUUCACUGAGAAACCAGCAGGGCAGACAUCCUCGCUGUCAGUACCGUGGUCAAGCUCGCACAAGAAGAAUUGCAAUCAGAUGCAGUCACCUGAACCUGCUCCUCAGUUUCCUUUCCCAAUAUAUGUCAGUCACUUGCCAGGUGGCCUACAUUGCAGCCUUGCCAUAG